AUGCCAAUAAGCACGCCCCCCAACACCAGCAAAUAUGAACUUUCACAAAUGAAAUAUGAAAUGGAUCAUCCCAAUAUCCCACUCUUCCCAUUAGAAUCAUCUUCAACAAUUUCACCAAAGGACUCAUCAUCAUCAUCAUCCACUUCCACAUAUCCAGAUUACAAGCCAUGGAAGGACCACACACAAUUAUCGCCCUCCGGACAAAAGGAAGAGUACGAAAGAGUCAAUAAUCUGACAUUUCUAACCAAAGGAUAUUUUGAACCUUCUCAAGUAUCUAAUGAAUAUUAUUCGGCCCGAACGUUUAUCCAAGCCACAAUCUUCUCUUCCACUGAAAAUUGUAACAACGUUUUAAAGGAGUUAUCACAGCAUUUGGUUAAUGCCUAUAAGACUAGAAACGAGGUUAUCAACAAGAUUAGAUACGAGUCACAUUCCUUUAAUAUUCCUCCAAGGGUUACUUUAACUGCACUGAAGAGAGAGUCUUGGUUACGGGAUCUUGCCAGUCCAGAUGUCCCCUUACUGAAGAUAUCGAUAAAGGUCCCCCAUGGGAUUCGAAGCAAGGUGUUGAUAGACAUCUUGGCCACCAGACAUGUUCCUAUUACCAAAGCACUUUGGUUCACCAAAUGUGUAUUGUUUGGAGAAUGGCUUUCCUUGAGGAAGAAGGGGUCUGGUAAGAACUCUAGUGGUAGUCCAAGUGGUAGUAAUACUACUAUUGCCCAAUUGGAGGUUCAUUGGCUACAGGAAUGGUCAGAGCAGGUUUCUGAUUACAUCUAUAAAUAUUCCAGAGAAAUGAAUAAUGUACUGUACGAGAAGAAGAAAGCUUAUAUGGAUAAGUUGAGCUACCUCUUACAAUAUUGUCAACGGCUUUACAUUGAACAGCUUGUUGAUAAAGUAUUCUUUUUGACUACGAUUAUUCAAUAUUUCAAACGAUGUCUUCCUAUAGACCCCAGUCAGAUAGCUUCAUAUUAUGCCUCACGACCUGAUUCAGAGGAGUCUGGUGAUACUACUAGUAAUAAUAAUCAUAGUAAUAGUAAUAUGGCUGGGCUUGAAGGUGAUGUUGACUUGGGUCAUGGACAGAGACUUAUGGCACUAACCAUGUUAAAGAUCUUUUGGAAUGAUAUAUUGAAACAUGAUUAUCUAUGUAAAGAGUUGAGUGAGUUACUUUUGUUGAAUUACUUUACAGUACAAAAGUCUCCUACUAAUUCGUCCAAGGGAGUGACCAGCAGCAACAGUAGUCACUCCCAAAUCUUACCUUCUAAAUUAAAGAAUGCAUUAUUAGAACAAUUGGCCAAUACUAUAAACUAUUUGUUCAAAUAUAAUGCUAAUGUGUUUAUAAUGCCUGAUUGUUGGAUGUUGAUCCAAGAGUCUUUGAAGCAGAUUCUACUUUAUGAUUCAACAACCAAGUUCCUGAGUGAACAAGAGAAGAUCAAGUUGAAUGAACAGUUUCAACUCAUAAAGUAUCGAAAUGAAAGUUUAAUGUUGAAUAUGAGAAAUGGUAUUUCCAUUAGCAAACAAGAAGGAAAUACUCAUUCCAUUUUGGAUCUAUCUAAAUUAUUGAAUGGUGGUGGUGGUGGUGAAGGCGGUUCAGCGACUAUUAUAAGUGAAGAAGCUUUACUAAAUCGAGGUCCCAAAUCUGAUUUCCUUAACUUCAUUCGUCAAUUAGAUCUUAUGAAAUUAGAUGAUGAGUUGGCAGAUUUACUUCUGAAUAUCAGAAAUCCAGAUUAUUGGGGGUUAUACUUAAAGGCUAUGUUCUAUUGGUGUAUUUCAUCUUUCAGAAGAUCAGACAAUGAAAGAAUUUCCAUUGUCUGUAAUUUUUUGAAGAAGAGAGUAUUCCAAAACUCGAAUCAGCAACAUUCUACUGCCAAAGUUGAAUUUGAAAAUGAAAUAUUGGAAAUUCUUUAUGAUUUACCCAAUGAAAGUAAAGAGGUUGGUGUCGACAUGCAGAAAUUGUUUGUUCUUAUUAAUGAGCUUUAUCGAUUACAAAUCAUCACCAUUUCUUCAUAUUUAAGAAGACUAAUUGCUUCAGGAAUCUUUUAUGUUAUACCAGGAACCGAUUUACUCUUCAAUCAGCAAAUAACUAUGCACUUAUCCAUAUUACAGAAUCUACCAUUGAUGAAUAAUAAGCAAUGUGAUAAUAUCUUGAGGAAAUGGACUCCAGAUCAUUCGAAUUAUCAACUGAAAUUUGAUGAUGCCAAAACAUAUUUAAGAGAAGCAUUUACAGAAAGGAUCUUAUCCAACACGGUUGGACCGGAGUUCUAUCAAUGUGUUGAGUUCUGUAGGGCCCAAAAAGUUGGACAGAAAUUCUUGUUAACCAGUUGGUUAACAAAUGAACUUAAAAAUGCUAUUUCCGAUUCUCCGAAAUUGAUUCAUAUGACUCCAUUGAUUGUGUCUCGAUUAUAUGAAUUUUAUUCGGUAGCUGACAACUUGUCGUUAUUUUUCAAGGUAUUAAUCAAGUUCAUAUUAAGAAAUGAUGGUAAGAUCAUCAUCUAUUACUUGGACACGGUAUAUUUGAUUUCCAAAUUAAUUAUUAGGCAUUUCAAAUUGAUGAAAUUCAUGCCCAAAACAAACUUGGACAGUCCCACCACAGCUUAUGAAUUGUUUGAAGCCAUUAUAAUGAAUUAUAAAGACUUGCUGAAACGGGAUAUAGAUUGCUUUGACUUUGCUUCUAUUUGGAAGUUUAUUGAUAAGGUCUUUGACUAUGAAGGUGAUAAGGAAGAAUACGGUGGUGGAAGUAUUAAUAACUCCAAGAAUUCAAAAUUCAUUGAUGGGGAUCAAACUAUUGUGGAUACACCAAUGAAAAUGAAAAGUGAUGGGAAAUCAAAUGAUAAAUAUACAUAUACUGAGUUCUUUAACGAAUUACAGAUCCUUAAUGGAAGUAGUCCAUCUGGACUUUUGGCAGAAUCGGAAAUUGGAGAAUUUGCAAAUAAACUUGGGAUCCAAUUACUGGAAACAUCUCUUGAAGGUAUCAUUACGGGGAUACUCCAAUUCACAUAUGAGAAUUUUAAGUCAAUGGAUGAAGAAAAGGAAUUUGGACUUCGAAGAGUAUUCAAAUCUCUCAAACAUUUGUAUGGUGAAGUGUUGAUUCACCAAACUCAAGCAACAGCGAAUGGUAUUUGUUGGAAGGAUGUCUCCUCAGAUUUAACGGUAUCUUUCAUGAAAUACUUGGUGUAUUUGGAUAUCAUAUCAUUUGAUUUUGCAACAAAAGUAUUUCUUGAAGAUGAACAAGGUCAUUUGAAGUACUUUGAUUUAGUGUAUGGAAACAAGGAAUCAGAAGAGUUGGAAUUUAGUCCUCAAAUGCUAACCCUAUUGAAUAUUUCAAGAGAGAAAUAUUGUGCUAAGAAUCACAUAAUAAUGUUUGCUGCGAUAGUAAAGAAUAUUAAGGAUUCUGUUUAUGAAUCGAAGGUCUUUAUUCAAUUUAGACUGCAAGUUAUGACUACUUUCAAAAGAAUCUUAUGUGGUGAUACAAAGCUUUUCAUUCAUGUGUUUCAAGAUUCCCUCUCAAUUCAAGAUCAAUACUCUUUAAUUAAUGAUCUCCUUGGUCUUCAAGAUAAAGAGAGAAUUGUGGAUUUGGAAUCUUUAAUGGCAUUCACAUCCUUAAUCAAUGAAUAUAAUCUUCCUUAUCUUCAAGUUCUUUCCAAAUUUGUGUUGGAACAACUGCAGGCUACUUUUGAUCGUUCUCGGUUCAUAAGCAACAUAAUGAACAAUGCACAUCCGUUGAUCUCCAGUACUAAUUUCUGUAUUGGGGAAUACCACAAUUACUUGUCGUGGACAGUUAUGGUUCAGAUCUUAGAGGGGGGGGAAGAAUGGGUCUUUAAAAAUAUUCGUAUUGAUGCAGAUGGUUCCAAGGGAUACUUUGUUUCACUUCGUAACGACGAGGGAACGAAUUUACUCCCCAUUGUCAAAGAUUACUUGAAGAAGUUCUCUGCCAAUUGUUGUGGAGAAGUACAGACAUCUGUGGAGACAUUCGUACAAUUUGGUAGUAUGCUUGAUAAAUUAUUGGUUGUUGCUAACUCCGAUAAUGUUCCACUUCAGAACAAAGAUAUCUAUGAUGGAAUAUCUAUUUUAUUGCGGUUAUUGAUAAUUCACAACCCAACUCUUACGAAUGUUGUUCUUAACACGGAUGGAGAAAGUCUUAAAUUCUAUCGUCAUUUAGUCAAGUUCUUGCACUCGAAGUUCUUGGUUCAUAAUGAGAAGCUCCGGAUCUUAUUAUAUGAUUUGCUCUUGAUAAUGAAGAGCCUGGUAUCUCAAGAACUCAUAGCCAAAUACGAUGGGGUCAAUAAUAGUGUUUCACCAGAAGCAACUACAGACAACAACAAUGUUAACGCUAAUACCGAGGGUGGAACAAACAACAGCAACAACAGUAAUGGCACAAAUACCAAUAGUACUGCUGCUGCUGCUGCUGCGAAUACUACUAAUACUACGUCAACAACCUCGUUUGCUUCUACUGCUGCUGCACAUCUUUCCACCAUAUUUGAUAUACCUGAACCCUCGUCAGAUAACCCUCUUGGUCCGUAUGCCUGUGAUGACAGUGUCACAAGCGUAUUAACACUUAGUGAGGAUGAAAUCUCCAGCUCAGGCGAUAUUCAUGCUGUAAACAAUGCUGGAUAUAGACUCCGCAGUUUGAAUGGAGAACAAUCUACAUACUUAACCGGACUCUUAUCGGCAACAGAGAUUAUGUCCCAACCACCGGUUACAAAGAAGUUCACAAUGAAGAGCUAUGAGACAUUAGAAUCCACAAAACAUGGGAUAAACCUGGCACGGAUAAAUCUUCUGCUUUUCAGUUCUUUUACUACCAAAGAGAACCCACCAUGA